AUGGAAACCAGUGAAGCGGGAUCUAACUACACACACUAUGUAGUAGCCCGGAUCGAAAUCAGGUUUUGCAGCUCCUCACCAGAUACCAUGGAAAAUAUGUGACCAAAUAUGUGGCUAAGGUAUUCCCUGAGUAUACCAACAGUGAUGCCGAAGCCCAGCAUCCGACGUAUCCCCUUCGCAUGCCGUACGGUAGAAGACAUUAGGGACGAGCUUGAUCCAUUCCUAAAUGAGGCAAGAGCAUUCCGUCGUAUUGAUGAACUUUGUAAUAGCUCAGAAAAGAUAUAUUUCCCCCAGUUUCACGGCGUGGGGUACAGAAGGAGUUUGCGGCAAAAUCCUGCGAGUUUGUUCACUAUUAAUGCAUUCUAAUAGCCCCGGUCAUAUUGUCAAGCGCAGAGAGUUUGAUAAUUACACAUGACAAAUAAUAAGCUGGUAAAGUGCAUGAGCUACCCUUUACACAACUCUGCAUCAUGGAUUGCAUUUUGUUGACCAAGUAACAUACUAUAUCAGGAUGAAAUUUCCAACAGUAGCUGAUCCACAGAGAGUGCUCGUCUUUCGAAUCCCAGUGGACAUUAUGAGGUAACUUCCAGGAUCGAUCCCGCAAGAACAGGACAUAAUGAGUCCUAAGGUAGCGAACCGUAAGACUCAUCCCGAGUGUUAAAAAG